AGAUGAGACAGUCUGCGAGCUAGAGAAACGCUGAAAGUUCAAUUAUGGUGCGCGGGUUCUCCAAGCUCACCAGUGUUUGCGCAACAGCUACCCAUCUUGGAGAAAAGAACGAAUGUUGUAGUCGGAAACUAUGAGCAAGGAAGACAUGGUAUGCCAACCAGCCACGGUGAAAUUCACAAUUGAUAGCAUUCUUAAAAAGGAAUUUGAUGCAAACCGCACAGAUUCGCAGCUCGAACCUGAAAGCAGUUGUUCAUCGUACGAAGCCCGGAAAUAUGGCCCUGAGUUGUCAACCUCCAAGGAAACAGCGCACAGAUAUACCAAAGAAUAUGUCAGCUUUCAGAGCAUCGCCUCUGACAACGACGCAGCCCAGGGAGUGCCCGAAACGUAUCCAAAACGUGACGCUGCAAACGGGGACAACCGCAUCCAUCAGCCACAAAACCAGAAGAGCAAACCAGCCGCGAAAAAGAAAUCGCGCACAAUCUUCUCCAAGAGGCAAAUCUUUCAGUUGGAAUCUACAUUCGACGUUAAACGAUAUCUUAGCAGUGCCGAGCGAGCGUGCCUUGCUCAUUCUUUACAACUAACAGAGACGCAAGUCAAAAUUUGGUUUCAGAACCGCCGGAAUAAAUUAAAACGGCAGUUAUCCACAGACUUUGAAGCGCAAUGCUCUGUCGAACAUUUCUCCGACGCGGCAAAGAUGAUGAAAUUACCAAAUCUAUACAAAGAAAGCGUUGGGAGUAAUAUUUUGGGAGGAUGUCUUUUACCAAUGCCUGUCCCGGUUAUGUGCCAAGGAAGCACUCCUUACCUGUACCUUUCCAACGCCAGAAAAUAUUUCAGCCUUUUUGAUGGAGGUGCAUGAAUUCCUGUAGCAUCUUUCAGACUGUUUUGCCCUGGAAGCACAGCCCAUCAGUAGGCCUACGUUCAGAUAUGUGGAAUCACUGCUCUGGAAAGUUGCAGCCUACGGUUAGUUGCACAAAUAAUGCGAACAAAUAAAAUGGCUGUUUUCCUAUGCAAUAUGUAAACAUGUAAAUCUUUAACAAUAUCAUUUUUUUUUUCAAUAUAGGGGAAGCUCUAUCACGUAUUUUUCACUUGUCACAAUGUUAAAGCAACAUAUAAAGCUCUGUUAUAGUACAAUAAAAUCCCAGUGCCUAGCUGUUGUUUUCCGACUGAAAUGUCUUUGAAAGUUUUGUCAAUUUGUAGUCCAUUUACCUUACAGGUCUUAAAUUGAAUCGAUGAGUCUACUAGUUCUGCAAUUACCUGACUAUAAUCCAAGACCCACGGACUGCUAAUUGACAGACUUAAUGACCUUACGGACAUUUGCAAGAGAACAUUAAUUUCUCUAUGCAUUCUUAAUUUAAAUGAUGUGGAAAUAAGUAGUAGAAGUAUUUACAAUAAAUAACAUCAAAGUGAACCGAUAUAAUGGGUAACUUUGCAGGUUUGUGUAUUUGUAGGAGAACCGAUUGAAACCGCGCGCGCGCGCGCGUGUGUGUGUGUGUGUGUGUGUGUGUGUGUGUGUGUGUGUGUCGAGACUGUGUUAAGGUCGAGGAGAAACCAUCCCAAGGGCCUUGAUGGACACGUUAACGAAACUUUCCGGUCCCGUUUAUACUUUUCUAGCGGAGCCUCUCUGUCCUCUUCACAGCAAAUUAAGAACGUGAAUGCUGUUAGCCUGUGCUUACGUAGUCUUUGAGGAACUAGUUGUUUGUUCGUUCGUUUGUUUGUUUGUUUGUUUUUAAAAAUGUUUUAAAUAAAAAAAUAUUUGCGUUGAUAAGCGAUACCCAUCUCACGUAGCUAAUGGUAAACUGGAUAUUUCUGUCAUAAUUAACGCCACUGUUAUAAAUUCCUUGUUACAAAAACACGGUCGAGUUUCACAGUUUCUACUGCAUUUCUCUCUUAUUGCUAUCUGUGAUUAUGUAUA